GAUGAACUUAUUAGAUCAUACUAGCUCCACCAAUGGGGUGGUGGUCCAUUGGUAAAGGCAAAGCCUUUAAAACCCACCUAGGUUGGGAAGGGGAGGGUCUUGAGUUCAAGUCCUACAUACGACAAGGGAUUAAAGAAAUUAGCCGUAAAAAAAAAGAUCAUACUAGCUGCCGUCUAUAAUUUAAUACCAUAUACCUCAUCUUAAAUAGCUUCCUCUCAAAACUCAAGAAUAGUUUUGUGCAAAAAAACUGUUACACCUCAACUUUAUGUCAUUUCCCACCACAAAGAUGCAACUAAUAAUUAAUGUUGGUGUAGCAUCGCAACAAGCCAUUGAAGAUGGUUCGUUUGUGCAAACAGUGUGAAUGCAAUUUAAACUCAUUUCCAUUAGAAAAUGUAACUUCUUAAAUCAUAUUGAUUCUCAUAAACCCUUAUAUGCUUUAUAGCAGCUACCAAAUCUAGAAAGUCUUCACCUCUUUGCCAUGCGUAAGCUACUCAACCUACCAGAUUUUGAUGAACUCCCACGUCUUCAAAAGCUUAUCAUCUCUCAGUGUGACGAGUUAGUAGAGAUUCACUCAUCACUAGGAAGGCAUGGAAGUCUUAAAUACAUAAGUGUGUCAUGUUGUCCCAAGUUUAGAAGUUUUCCAACAAUCGUCCACAUGGAAAACCUCAAGUCUCUAGAAAUAGGGUAUUGUAAUUUGGAAGAUGGAGACAUACCCUCUGGUAUUGAUAGAUUAUCCAACUUACAAGAACUAAGUCUACGUGGUAAUAAAUUUUCACGGUUAGAUUUCAGCCUCUUGCAACUUACGAGACUCAAACUCCUCAACAUCUCGGGUUGCGAACAACUUCUUGAAUUGCCUCAGCUUCCGUCAGGUUUAGUGAUUCUCAAGGCAGACAGUUGCAAGUCAGUUACAACCACUGGAGAUUGCCAUAAAAACUGUAAACAGUUACGCCAUGUCUCGCUUAUAGAUGUGAUCAUAAAUGAUGCCGACAGAUUACUAAAGUCCAUGCUUGAGGUAAAAUCUAUUGAGAAUGGGUGCAUGCUUCUUCAACUUGAAGGUGUUGAAAUUGCAAAGGGAUUUACACCUUUGCUUAGAGGGAAAACAUGUAGCUUGCAGCUUCCAGAGAAAUGGUACGAUGACUUUUGUGGUUUCUUAAUAUGUGUUGUUCUUUAUAGAGGUGAUCACUUGGAUAUUAAUAUAAGAGCGAGGGUGAUGAGUGGUAUGGAUUAUCAAAGUGAUGUGGUUUGGGAGGAAAGGCAUAGCAAUAGUAUGAAGGAGGCAGUUAGGGAAGGUGAUAAUGAUAAUCAUCAAACAUACAAAACUCGUUCACAAUUUUUAGAGGAAAAUGAUUGUGAUAAGCAUUUGAGGACAUGGGUCACAUAUGUUUCAUUUGGUUCAUUGAGAUACGCUGCAAGGUGGGUUCAAACGUACAAAGCUAUAUCUUUUGAAGUUGAUGCUGAUGGGUGUCAUAGUUUUGGGGUUAGACUAGUCGACAAGAAAAGUAAAGGUGUGUAAGAACCUAAAGGGGUGAAUAUGUUAUUUUUAAAAUUCGUGAUGGCUUUUUGGAAUCUUUGUUUGUUU